AUGUCUGGUUUCACUCAACAAUCUGGCAAGAGCUUCAUCCACCUCAAAAAGGAGGCAUAUAAAGACGCCAAAGCCGAGUUCGCAGCCAAGGGUAAGGAGCUUCCCAAGGGCUACGUGCCCGAAGUCGACCUGUACCAGCUCCCGCACUUCCGGGACGCUGAGGAGAUCAAGAAAAUGGAGGCCAGCCCAACGCCUCAAUACUCACGGCUCAAGGAGAAGCGUGAGAAGAAGGCUGCGGAGGCAGAGGAGGCCGGCAAGAAGCGGCGCCGGGAGUCGGAGGAGGCAGAGAAGACGGCUUGGCUGGAGGACCUGGCCAAGCGCAAGGCCGACCGGGAGAAGGCGGCAAAGGAGCGCCAGGAGCAGCUGCGCCGGCAGAGAGAGACUGCAGAGAGGGUCCGAGCCAACGCCAAACGCAAGCGAGCGACCGGCGGCCAGGCGACCACCAGCGGCGCCAACGGACAGACAAACUCUGUCGUCACCGGGGGCGCUCGCCUUUCUCAUGGAAACUCUCGUUGGCGACCAAUGGUCGUCGAUUCGGAUGAUGAGGAAGAUCUACGCCCAAAGCCAAAGAAGGCUCGCCUCUCUCACGGCAACUCCCGUUGGCGACCAAUGGUCGUCGACACGGAAGAUGAGAUGGACAUGCUCCCGAAGCCAAAGCAGGCUCGGGUGGCCAAGGAAGCUGACAAGAAGGAGGCAGUUGUCGUUCGUGCCGAUAUCCCCUCGACACUGAAACGCAAGAGAACUGCAGAGGAGUCCGACGAGUCGGACGAUGAGCCGCUGGCACAAAAGAGACGCCGUCGGUUCGACAUCGUCCGCCCAGAAUCCGAUAAGGAGAACCUGGGGCAAAAGAAAACUGCGCAAGGGGCCGCCAAGAGCACAAAGCUCGAGAAGCCCAAGGCUCCGGCAAAGGAACCGGCCAAGGGUGAGCGGCCCGCGGUGCUUGGGCCAAAGACAAAGAUGUCAGCCACGGCUGGCAUCUCAAAGCCAAAGCCGGCGGCUAAGAAGCCGGUGCAAAAGCAGGUGAAGGUGGCAAAAGACCCACAGCCUGCCAAAGCCCAGGCAGAGAAGAAGCCAGCAGAUAAAGAGCUGGCAGACAAGAAAUCGGCCGCGAAGAAGCCGGAAGAGAAGAAGCAUGCGGACAACAAGCCGGCAGAAAAGAAGGGCGACAAGAACAAGAAGGUACUCCCACCUUCUCACAGCCCAAUUCCUUCUCGCCAGGACCCGUUCCGGGCUGGCAGACAAGGAAAAACAACUCGACUCAUUCGGAAAUUGAAAAAGAGUCCAACCACCACCGCUGGCUCGAAAUACAAAUCAGCCAGGACGGAGGAGGAUUUGCUACAGUCGGCAAUUUAUGGUCGGAGAUGGUGA